AUGGAGCUACUACUCUCUGACGAAGGUCUGGCCGUCCUGGUGCCCAUCGUGGUGUACUGGGCGUAUUGUGGCCUGCAUGCAACGCUUGGCCAGUCCAUGUAUAUGGACAAAUACAGGCUGCACCCAAGCACUCAUGAAGAUAGCAAGAACCAUGUUUCGAAGCGACAAGUCAUCAGCAACGUCCUCAAGCAGCAGCUCGUGCAGGUUGCCAUGGUGACCAUGGUGAUGAUGUUCAAGGAGUACAUGUACAGGAGGCUUCAGUUCAGCUCAGGUGCUCAGCUGGUACUUUACGUUUGUGCAGGGGUUUUCGUGAAGCAUAUGGUGAACCCGGCUCUUGGACGUGCUCAUGGGCUCCAAUGGCCUCACCAAGGCCUCACUCCCCUUCCUCAAUUACCCUGCGCAAAUCAACCAAGCUGGCAAUUUGAGUAG